AUGAACGGCUCUUCCAGAUCAGCUGGCCCAGGAGCGGUCACCUCUCUUCCUCAGGAGUCUCCUCUGGCUGAAGGUCCUCCAGCAGCAGUUGAAGUGCGAGGUCUUUGGUAUAAGCUCCGACACCCUAGCCCAGUGUGUUGCUGGGAGCACCUUCAUGUGACCUUGCUAGGAGAGUUUGCUGGCACCUUCCUCUUCCUAUUUUUCGCAUAUGCGGGGGUCAUGGCAAUCAAUGUCUGGAUAUUCUUCCGAGUCUCCGGUGGUCUUUUCAAUCCCGCUGUCACUGCCGCUUUUAUGCUGUGCGGUUUGACCCAUCCUAUCAGAGGAGUAUUUAUCAUCAUAACGCAGCUUAUAGCUGGCAUAUGUGCCGCCGCUGUGGUAGAUGCACUCACACCUGGAUCAUUGAGCGUGGAUAACGCUCUAGGACCGAACGUAUCUGUAUCUCAAGGACUGUUCAUGGAGAUGUUCCUCACGGCGGAACUGGUUCUUGCAAUCUUUAUGCUCGCGGUGGAGAAACAUGGGGGCACAUUCCUUGCCCCACUUGGUAUCGGCAUCGCGCUAUUUAUGGGCCAUAUGGUAGGCAUAUAUUACACUGGAGCUGGUCUCAAUCCUGCUCGAUCGCUUGGACCAGCAGUCGUCGAGAAGACUUUCCCAGGCUAUCACUGGAUUUACUGGAUUGGACCUUUUCUCGGGUCACUUUUGGCUUCGUUCUUCUACAAGACACUUAGAGUCUUCGAAUACUAUACUGCCAAUGAAGGUCAAGACGACGAUGGACGUAGCCAAAAGCUUGCGUGA